AUGAACCCGAAGUCAAAGUCCGCACAUGGCGUGAGGACGCACACAGCUGUAACCAUCCCGGCGUCAAAGUCCGCACAUGGCGUGUGUGAGCCGUCAGACCGUGGCUGUGUAGCGGGAACGGGUUUCCGCUCGCGGGGUGAAGCCUUCGCCAAGGUGAAAGUGGAAGAGAGCAGUGAGGAAGGGACGGUGUUCUCGUCUCAGCCAGCCUCACACACAGACUCACCGGUACCUGCCAGAAGUGACUCAGGAUGUGAGGUUCAUCCUGGCCCCUACACGCCCAGCCAGAGCCCUCUCCUCUCACGCCUACACCCACACGCCCACUCCCCCACCCACCUCUACUCACCCACACAGUCGCCGGGACCCAGCAGACAUGUCUCCGGCUUCUCCUCACCGUACAGUCAUACACCUUCAACGGGACUUAGUCGUAACAACAGCGAUGCUUCUCAGUAUGGAGGCUCCUACAACAGCUACUCUUCUGCUCCAUCACCUAUAUCUCCAACACACUACUCUCCCUCUCAGUCUCCUAUCCAACAACGGCAUAUCAACUUCCCAAUGCCCACUCAUCAGUCACCCAACCUGGGUCGUAUGCCACAGUAUCCAGGGGCAGCUCCCGGGGUCCUCUAUGGUGCACCUCUUGACCUACGAGACAGCCACAGUCUUAUAGGCCAUCCAGACUCCUCCAAGGACCCUAAAGAUGAUGAGCGGCUAACAGCAGAUCUUGCACAACACUCUGUGAUAGCGGCGCAGUCAGGCAUCACCAGGCAACAGCUUAUCAAUAGCCCAUGUCCCAUCUGUGGAGACAAAAUCUCAGGCUUCCACUAUGGUAUCUUCUCGUGUGAGUCAUGUAAAGGAUUCUUCAAAAGGACAGUGCAAAACAAGAAAAAUUACGUCUGCAUGCGGGGUGCUUCUUGUCCAGUCACGACCAGCACUCGAAAGAAGUGUCCGGCCUGUAGAUUUGACAAGUGCCUCUGUAUGGGUAUGAAACUAGAAGCCAUUCGUGAAGACCGUACACGUGGUGGGCGAAGUACAUAUCAGUGUGCGCCUUACCCUCUCCCACCUACGUUAGUGACACCUACCACCUCUGCACAUCAUUUUGACCCCCAGAGGCUUCCUGAUGCAACUGCAGUAAAAGCUGAACCUUCUGACAGCGAUGAAAUUAAACCCUCACCAUCUGAUGAGAAGAGACCAAUACCUCUACUUUUGCAGCAAAUCCACGAUGUAGAGCACUUAUGGCACUGUAGUGAAAGUGAAAUGGCAGAGUUACGACAGUCUGAGCAGGCAGCUCGCCAGGCAAUGGAGAAUAAUUCGCCAGACUUUCUAAAUAACUUGUGCCACAUUGCAGACCACCGACUCUACAAGAUUGUCAAGUGGUGCAAAUCUCUUCCACUUUUCAGGCACAUUACAAUUGAUGACCAAAUCUGCUUGCUGAUCAACUCCUGGUGUGAGCUGCUUCUCUUGUCUUGUUGCUUCCGUUCUAUGGAUUCACCAGGUGAAAUCAGAGUUAGCUCAGGUCGCACCAUGACCUUACAACAAGCAGAAGUCAUGGGUAUAGGACCAUGUAUUGAGCGUAUGCUCAAUUUAACCUACCAGCUGAGCCGCCUUCAGGUUGACAAGUACGAGUACAUGGCCAUGAAGGUUAUUGUUCUCCUGUCGUCAGAUGUCUCGGGGCUGCAGGAGGGGGAGAAGGUGCGUGACUCCCAGAAGAAGGUGGUUCAAGCGCUGCAAGAGUAUACACACACGCACUACCCACACUUGCCGCCUAAGUUCGGAGAACUUCUCCUCCGCAUCCCCGAACUUCAACGCACGUGUCAGGCGAGUAAGGAAAUGCUCUCUAUGAAGAAGAAGGAGGGAGAUGUGCCAAGUUUCAAUUUCCUCUUUGAGCUACUAAGAGGGGACCAUUAGUUAAGGUUGGAGUGCAACCUCGUCUUCAGCGUAAGUUGCUGCAUCUCCCUCAGGUAUGCGUUGUCACUUCGGGUUCAUAACAGGCCAAGAUAUGGAAUGUUGUCAAAACAAACUACCAUGUAUUAAGGACCAAUCCAAUUUGCUGCAACAGCAAAAAUAGGAUAUGCAGUUUUUGACUCAGAAGUGAUGAUAUCCCCAUGGCUGUGACAAGUGGACGUCACUUACUCAUCCCACCUUGUGUACUCAUCCUUCCUUAUGCAAAUAAGACUCAACUGCAAUAGUAAACCAUUAAUGAUGUAAAUUUAAAUAUACACCUCAAGGACAGAUUUUUUAUAUUAAGUAGAUAUCAUAAAAAAAACUUGUUAUAUAAUUCCUAAAUACCAAAUGUAAUACAGUAGAAUUUCAAAGUGAAACCACUGGGUAGAUUAGAGAAAAUAUCAAAUAAUGUGUGACAUGAGUUACCUUUUGCUGAGUGAAUGCGUCCACCGCCAGUAUACCUGAUGGGAGAACUCCAAAGGCUGUGGCAUGGACUCGAAGCUACACGCUGUCUUCCAGUGGAUAUACUCUCAGAAGCAGUAUUUUUUUAGCAUAUCUUCCCCCAUGCCAUGUGUCCAGCAUCACCUGUUGCUGCUGUUACCACUGGUGUCUCCUCUCAUUACCUGAAUGUCCAAAGAAUGUGAUAGCAUCUGGUUUGAUUGACUGUGUGCACAUUUGUAUAUUUACUUUUGAUAUAGCAAGCUGUGCAUGUUGUUACUUUGGCUUUUAUGGUUUGUCUCUGCUCUCUCACCAGAUAGAGCUAGAAGACUUUUUACCAUAAUUUAUCUUUGAAGUUGAUAGUUAUCAUAUAUUUUUAUUUAAAAAUAGUGCGACUAUAUUGUUGUUGUUGUUGUUAUUAUUUUAUAACACAUCGGCUAUUUCCCACCAAGGCUGAGUGACUAUUAUUAUUAUUUCUUUUUUAUUUGUUAAUGGGUGAGUGUUUUAUGGAGGCUAUGGUGAGAGGAUGCAGCAGUGAUUUAAUGUGUAGCAACAACGGUGAGGCAGCAGCAGUAGUAGAGGUGCCAGGAGCCUCCAGAGACUAAAACUCUCUAAUGCGAAUUGAUGCAUGAUGAUAAAAUUUCUCUGCAAAGUAAUUCAUUACUUGAAAUGGGACAUUUGUUAUUUACUUUAAUCAGUGCUUUAAUGGCAUAUGUCUGCCCGUUGACUGACAGUAUUAAGACACCUACUAGUCAUUCGACAGUCACAUUAUACCACUAAAGUUGUAAGUUUCGUAAAGAUUGUGCAUAAAUUCUGCCCUAAUGCAGUUUAUGAAGGAACCCUGUAAUAUCACAGUCAGUGGUAUUAGAGAGCUCUGGUCUUUGAGUGGCUGCGUGAAUCUGUGACAAUUCCACUGUGCUGGGGAAUUGUGCAACAUGAUCACAGUGGGAAGGUAUUGAGGGGGUGCCAGAGUGGCUGUAGGGUUCUGUGGCUACCUACCACAUAUUUCUAAACUUGCAUUGACUUUCUCAUCAGCCACUAUUUUUCAUAUACUGUUCUGUACUUUUGAUAACCAGUAUACUGUACUCUGAAAAUCAGAUUUAAAUACUCUUACAUGUUGGAUUUCCAAAUCAUAGUGAUAUUAUAUUUUAUAUACAUGCAUGUGUGUGCAUAUUUAUUAAAUAUAUAUAUA